AUGUGUGCCUCGCAGCAGGUUCCUAACCCCAAAACACCAUCGUGCGUUCCCCCGCUCAGUGACCUCUCUGUAUCCUGCUCAGAGGACCCUCCGGUUGAAACGGCCGAGGAAGCCAAGGAGCCGGCCGAAGCAGACAUCAACGAGCUCUGCAAGGACAUGUUCAGCAAGAUGGCCACUUACCUGACAGGCGAGCUGACAGCCACCAGUGAAGACUACAAACUCUUGGAAAACAUGAACAAGCUGACUAGUUUGAAGUACCUGGAAAUGAAAGAUAUUGCUAUAAACAUCAGUAGAAAUCUGAAGGAUUUAAAUCAAAAAUAUGCUGCUCUUCAGCCUUAUCUGGAACAGAUUAACCUGAUUGAGGAGCAGGUUGCAGCUUUGGAGCAGGCAGCUUAUAAAUUGGAUGCUUAUUCCAAAAAACUUGAAGCCAAGUACAAAAAACUGGAGAAACGAUGAAAUCUACAACAGAGACUUAACUUAAUAGUAAUACUGAAGUUGGAAGUUGGGUUAUGAGAGAGACUGAUCUCURUUUAAGUUGCAUAACAGCAAUUGCAUACAUUGCUAAGGAGCUGAUUGCAGCUGGCMUCGACUGGUAACUUUUUGUAUCUAACCUUUGUGAGGCAGAAUAUUUGCCUCUUCUCAAAUGUUUCUGUUGCCUCAAAUAUUAUUUUGUAGUGGAAAAAAGGUGCAAAUGUGAAACCUUUCCCUAACCCUUCUGCUGAUGGAAGGUAUCUGUGUGUUAGUUCUYUGUCUCCCAUAAUGCCUUCUACCUAAGGAAAGCCCUAAAGCUCUCCAUAACUUGGAAAGAUGUUGUUCCUCAGUAGCGUGAGGACUCAAACCUCUUUCACA